UAUGUUGGAAUGAAUGGUUGUUUAAUCGCUUUAAACUUGAUUAAAGGAACGGAAAUUUGGAGAAACUCACUGUCAGGGAUGGGAUAUAAUGAAAUAUCAUUACUUGUUGUUAACAUAAACUCUGAAGGAGAAGGAACAUCUCAUGAAGCUCAAUCUUCUAUCUUUAUAGUUGCCUCUCACGGAAAAGUAUAUGGAAUAAAUUCAGAAUCAGGAGAUAUAAUUUGGAAAAAUAAAUUGAAAAAUGGAGGUUAUGAAUUGCCUUCUUUAAUGAUAGAUUCGACUGAUAAAGUUCUUGUUGGAUGUGGAAAGUUGGUUUAUAAAAUUAAUAUUUAUGAUGGAAAAACUAUCUGGCAAAAGAAAGUUUCUACUUGUUUACUUAGUUGUUCUCAUGUUACUAUGGCCACUCAUCAAAGUAGUUUACAAAAUGCAUUUACAUAA